AUGACUACAAAUCCAUUUGAUAUUGAUAAGGGUCCAGAAUCACCUGAACUUUUGGCAAUUGCUGAGAAAGAAUUGCGAGAAACACCAGAGAUUAAAGCAAAAGGAUUAGCAGAAUUACGUGAUUUACUCAAACAAAACCCCGACUUGACAUACAGUGAGGAAGAUGAAUUUUUGAUAAUUAUAUUGAGGGCAUGUCAUUGGUAUCCCGAAAGUGCAAUCAAAAUGCUCCGACAAAUUGCAGAAUUCAGAAGAGACAAUUGGAAAAUUUUGAAAGACUUGAUGCCAGAGCAAGAGAAGAUUCCAUUUCAAGAAGGUGGAGUUGUGAAUGUUGUGACUACAAAAGACCACAAAAACCGCCGUUUAUUGAUUGUUCAUAAUGGAAAAGAUUGGGAUCCUGCGGUCUGUUCUGCAGAUUCUCUGUUUAGAAUUUUCUAUCUAAUCCACAUAAUGGCCCAACUUGAAAAGUCGACACAAAUUUGCGGUUGCGUUUGUAUCUAUGACUUUGAAGGCUUAGGAAUGAAACAAAUUAGAGCAAUGUCCCCCGGCAAUGUACAACGUUUAUUAACAUUCAUUCAAGUCGCCAUGCCUUUAAGAAUGAAGGAAAUUCAUUUUGUCAAGCAACCUUUCAUCUUCAAGAUGGUGUGGAGUCUAAUGAAACCCUUCGUUAAGGAGAAAUUAAACAAAAGAAUGUUCUUCCAUGGCAAUAAUAUGAAAGCUCUUCACGAGUUCAUUCCACCAGAAAACCUACCCAAAAAUUAUGGUGGAACUUUACCCGAGAUUAAUUACUCAGGAAAGGACUGGUAUCCAGUUUGUGAGGAUAAUCAUGACUUCUUCGUUAAAUAUAAUACUUUUGGGUUUAAGGACAAGGCGUAG